UAGAAAACACUCGGAUGAGUAAACUGCUGUACUGCAGUGAUGUUUCAGAAGACUGCUGGAUCGUAAGGAUGGGCAAGAUGUUGCAGAGGUAGAACAUCUCCAACUGCUGGCUUUUCACUUUUGCAUUAGGACUCAAGUAUAGUACCACUCCUCCAUCUCCCUGUUAAAUGAGCAAUGAAGAAGAUGAUGAUCCAGGCCGCCUGUAGGAAAGGUCUGCAGGUGUGUUUACUCCUGCUGCUGGUGGGAAGACUACAGGGCAGGGUAACAGCACCAGAGCAUCUUGAAGCUCCAGUGGAGAGGCCCUUCACUCUCACCUGCAGUGUUUCAAGGGAACGAGGUGAAACCCUGAGGCAGGUGCGUUGGCUGGAUGUCCAGAACCAGACCCUGCUGAGUUACCAACCCGGUAACAGAGACAGUGUGAGUGGACAGCAGCAUGUGGAGCUUGCCACCUCCUCAAAGGACUCCUCAGCUAUCACCAUCCGCAGGGUGGGCUUCCGCGAUGAAGGCUGCUACACCUGUAUCUUUGACAUGCAUCCUUCUGGUUCAAAGCAGGGAAGGACCUGCCUCACUGUUACCUCACAAAUCACUGCUGACAGCAACAAGACAGCUGUGAGCGGAAAGAAGGCGUCCCUCUCAUGCUCCUACGGUUUGCCUGAAAAGGUGCAACACAUCACAUGGAGAUACACUUCUGCAAAAGGAGACUUCAGAGAAGUGGCUUCCUUUGCAAAGCAGAGUGACCCCAUGAUUGAGCCACCGUACCAGGGAAGGGUCUGGCUCAGUGCCUCCUUGUCUGAUACCCAGCUCACCAUCCAACCUGUCGCUAUCCAGGACGAGGGCUGCUACACUUGCCUGUACAGCACACAUGACGAGCUAAAGAGCUCCAUGGUUUGCCUCUCCACCUAUGUGCUGCCCAAACCCCAGGUGAGCUACAAGACCACCUCUCCAGGUGUGAUCGAAGCCAACUGCACCUCUGUGUCGCGACCCCCAGCAGAGAUCGUGUGGAACGUGGAGAGAGAUAACCGCACCAUGGGCCCCCCGGUUACCACACAGCUCCCACAGGGCGACGGGACCACUCUGGUCAUCAGUACACUGACUGUCCAGUCAGGGCUGCUGAAAGACGUGUCCGUCAAAUGCUUGGUCCACCACAAAGGGCUUGAGUCACCGAUUGCUGUAUCCAUGAACACUAAAAUUGGGACGGCUCUUACCAUCCUGAUCUCAGUCACUACAGUGGCAGCUCUGUUGGUCAUGUCGCUCUGCUUCUGCCUUUGGAAGUGUUUUCUGCGCAAAGAAGCGGCAGAAAAGGAAGUGGCGCACAUCAUGCCAGGAACCCUGCUCCCUUCCCAUUGGCUCACAGACCUAGGGUCCCCUUAUGUGAGGUCUGCCACUGCAACUGCCUCUUCUUGCUCUGAUGAAGACAUGCUUUAGGUUGAAAUGUUAUUUGCCUUGGACCUUUGCACCUUAUUAAAAUGUUCUAACUAGAACUGUUUCCUCCAGACCUCAUCAUUCCAGAUUACGUAUUGUUCAAGCUCAGACAGCAGAAGUAUCCCAGUACAGUUAUUACUAUUUUAAACGAAUUUUGAAGUGCUUCGUAUUUUUAUAAUGUGUGCUUUCAUUGUGUGUCGUGACGUCUCCUGCUCUUCGUGCAUUUCUUUUCAGUGGAUUAAUUUUUCAGAACAGACCAGGGCCUGAAAAGAAGAGACAGGGCUUCUCAGAGCCAGCCUUGCAGAACUGAUUCCCUGCAUCAUCACCACCAUCAUCAUCAUCAUCAUCUUGAUACAAAGGGAAGAUGUUCUAACACACCUCUAUAGGUGUGUCCAACACAAUCCUGUUUAUGAGCACCAACCGUAGGACAUUCAACUCUGCUCUUCUGCCUCUGCAUCUGACUCUUAUAUAAUCUCUAGGCUGUUCUCACAUGAAGUGUGUGAGGAAAUGUUGACUGGAUCAUGUUUUUUUUCCUCUCUCUGGCUCUGUAAUUCAUUGAGUCAAUAGCUACAGAUUCCAGCAGAGUCAUUGUAUGGUAAAUUAAAGUACAGUGAUUCUGCUGUUAUAGCAAAAAACAAAAAACAAAAACAAAAACACAUCAUCGACAUGGGUACUGUAUUUUAGUUUAAGCUGAUCACAUAGAUGCCAUUCUGCUUCCAUAAAUACUCACUAGCUCACCAGGUGUGAGUUAAUCCAUGGCCAACAACACUCACUGUUUACUGCUGUUUGAGCAACAUUUGCUAAAAACUAAAAGCUUUUGUUCAAAAAACGUGUAUUCAUGCCCUAUUUUCAAAGAUUCAUGUUCUACUUAGUCAAGCCAAGACACCCAAGCCAAAUUUGUAGAAAUGUACCUGGAUAUUUUUGGAAUUUUCACGGGAUUUUUGACAAUAAGAAAGAUAUAGAACAUUGCCUGCCUUAUCCUUCAAAUAACACGGCUAAUGGGCACUAUGAGCCUCCCUUUAAGGUUUUUCUUCUUCGUGUACCUCAGUCGAUUGCCUCUGUGUAUUGUGAGAGGGGCGUGGGAUCAUGGCUAGUCUUUGUUAGAUACUAAUUAAAAAGGCUACAUGCUUAUGUCUUGUUUGUAUAAUAUCUACUGCAAACUUUUCUUAAUGUUUUAAAGACUUUGUGUGUGUGUGAGAGAGAGAGAGAGAGAGAGAGGAUGUGUGUAUGGAUGUGUUUAAAAGUUAAAUUCCAUAGACAAAUAGCCUGGAUCAAUUCCCUGAGGGAGCAAAGCUGAAACCUUUUUGGUGCCUCUGAAAGGAAUGCGUGUCUUGUUGCAAGUCAGACGAGUUCCUGUGUGUGAACUCAGGUUUGACUGUGGUGGGGUGUUGAGAUGGGGUGGCUCAGUGGUUUUAGAAAGUACUUGAGGGCUGCAGAUAAAACACUGUGCUCCCCUAAAUAUGCUUGAACAAAACCCUAAAGGCCAGCUCACAUUUCUGUUGCUCUAGGUUAAAGUGGCACCUACAUGACUAAAAUAAAAAUGUAAUGAUGCAUCGGGGAUAUAUUGUGUUUGUAUGUGUGCAUGCAUUUAAAAAGCGGAAGCUUGAUGCUGAAAUAGUCUUGCAUAUCAAAGCAUAUGAUUUGAAUCUGUCAGUUAUUUACUUUCUCAGCGGAAGAAUGGUAUGCAGGUUAUCCGACUUCAGAUGCAGUACUUCAAUCGCAUUCCUUUCCUCAGUUGAUUUUCUGUAGCAUUCCUCUGUCUGAGUUUCAGUAUGUGCAUACAACAUUGAUUAUGAGCUCAGAGCUUACAUUAGAAUAACUCUGAAAUAUAGUUUCAGAUAAUUUUUUAAAUAAAUGGAAAUGUGUCCCCGUAUCCAGUCCUGUCAAGAAAAAACGAGGACAAGAUGAAAUGGUAUAUUAUGACCAGCUAUGUAAACUUGACAUAAUAAAAGCAACAAACUGAAUAAUAAAAAUAUAAAACAUAAAAAGUUUCUGAAUCUUUGUCAGUUUAAAGUCUUGCCACCCUUUCAGCUCAGCUUUGUACACUGGAUUUAUAAAAACAUAAAAUUCCUUUCUGGUGGGCCUGACCUGCCUGCCAGAU